AUGGGGGGUUAUGAAGCCCAAUUUCGAGGUUUCGUAGCGCAACAGCCUUGUGAAGCACUCCAGUCGGGUCAUAACGGCCAGGUUUGGCGCAUGCUGUGGGACAAACGACGGGAGGCUUCCAUUAGCAGCAUGCGGAACCCGACGCCACCCAUUCGACAACUUCGACCAACGAUAUUCUUCCAUGCUUGGAACAUCGAUGGCGGGCCCUUCCCUACUGUUAACAUCGGCUGCAACCUCGAUGCAAAAUAA